AUGCAGAGCAACGGCGAAAUUGCGCCACCUGGCACCGUCGCAUCGUCGGUUCUUCCACCGCCGAUGGCGGAGCCCGCCCUCUUCGAGAGGGCUCGGACAUGGCAGAAGCUCGAAUCGAAGCGGUACGGCACUAAGCGAAAGUUCGGCUUUGUCGAGGCGGAGAAGGAGGACAUGCCUGCGGAACACGCGAGGAAGGUGCUUAGAGAUCACGGGGACAUGUCGUCGAAGAGAUUUAAACAUGAUAAGCGAGUGUACUUGGGAGCGCUUAAGUUUGUUCCUCAUGCUGUCUACAAGCUGCUCGAGAAUAUGCCAAUGCCAUGGGAGCAGACCCGUGAAGUUAAGGUUUUGUACCAUGUAAGUGGAGCAAUAACUUUCGUGAACGAAGUGCCGUUGGUUGUCGAGCCGAUAUAUUUGGCUCAGUGGGGGGACAAUGUGGAUUAUGAUGAGGAGGGAGAAGAGGGAUCGUCGGCAGUUCAAGAGAAUGCGGUUUCCACCAUUCGAUGA